AUGCCUAAUAAUUCUAUCUACAGAGAGCUACGGAAGAACAAACAGAACAAAUGCGUGUGUGGAUCGUACGAAAUUGAGGCGUCAUAUUUCGGAAGAUCAAACAAGAUUUCAGAUAUGAGUAAACCAGUCCUCCCAAGGCUCCAGCCACAGCUCCCACUGCCAAGCCCGUUCCCACUCCCAUCCCAGGCUUACUCGAACUCGGCUUAUGAUAGUCGUAAGGCGUGUAAUCCAUCGGAGCACUCGGCCCAAGCCCUAAGCUCGGCUGCCGUUCGAAAUACGGCCGAUGAGGUGGCGGUGGGGGGUGGGAGUAAUAAGAUGAAUAGUAUCCCGAGGGCGGAUCGGAGUAUGAAUAGUAGGGUUGUGGGGGAGGCGGUGGAGAAAAGGAAGACGGCGGCGGAGCAGGCUGGGGGACAGAGGAAUACGGCGAAGGGGAGUACCCUCUGUACGGCAUCGGUGGAGGAGGAGCGGACGAGUAGUAAUAGCCGGGAGGAGGAGGAGGGUUUGGUAAUUCUCCGCGGGCCGCUCGAUCAGGUCGAGUUUGAGGCGGAUCUUGCCCUGGGGGCGGCCGGAGGGGCGGCGGAGCUCGAACGAGGUGAGUCGGACGGGCGAAUCGUCCGAUCCGGCAGGGAGAUCUCGGAGAUCGACGCGGAGGGCGCCGACCAGGGCUUUGGGGGUGUCGGAGGGCCUGGCGUGGAGGAUUUCAAGGGUGAGGGAGGAGUCCCUGGGUGGGAGGCUGAGCGGCAGGACGAACCGCUCGUUCCAUACGGGCCGGGUGGAGCCCGAAUCGUCGGGCUUCGUGAACUGCCGCCGGUCGGGGUCGACCCACAAAGCGACGUACGGCUUCAGAUCGCCGUUCCUCCAGUUGACGUUCUUGAGGUGCUUGGCGGAGACGACGGUGACGUCGAGGUCGUAGAGCUUCUGCGGCGGUCGGGAGGUGGUGCCGGAGGCCAUUGGUGGGUGGGUUUGGGGGCGAGUGAUACAGUCCGAAGCGGAAAGCAGGCUGUCGCGAAAAAUAUCAGCAUCAUCAAGUUGAAAGAAAAAAAUAUUCAAAAGGCUGUCCACUGUCAAGAAUUCAAGAUGCAACGCAUAAACAUGGAAGACUUUAGUCGGGUCGCUGGCAGGCUGCAGGGAUUGCAGCGGGUCACUGGCGCAUGGGCGCGCAUGCUCUGCGGCUGCUGGAACACUGCGAGGGUGCACGGUUGCUGGCAGGAUGCACACACGGGUGCUGAGGUGAGGCGCAUGGGCGCUGGGCAUUGGAGGGGCGCACGGUGGCUGGGAUGUGGAGCGUGGGCGAUAAGCAGAUGCGGCACGUCGUGGGGGCGCUAUGGUGACAAAACGUAG